AUGACUAUCACAGCAGAGAACAAGUUAGAGUACCCCCAGGGUCAACUCUUCGUGCACACCAUCGAGGAGAAAGCGCAAUGGAUACCGAACAACAUGUACAUGCGUUACGCGCCGGACGACUGGUUGCACAGGGGUUACAAAACGAUUACAUGGAAGCAAUAUGCAAGCGCUAUCGAUAAGAUGGCUUUCUGGUUUGACGAGCGGCUUGGUAAAGCGGUGGAUCGCGAGACGGUUGCUUAUUUCGGGCCCAACGAUCCACGUUAUGCCAUAUUGAUUCCAUCUGUUGUAAAGCAUGGACGGAAACCUCUGUAUUUGCUGAUUCCCGAUGGACGAGUGACCAAGGAGGGGCUUGCGGGCUUGAUUGCAGCAAGUAGUUGCAAAGUAUGGCUCUAUCCAGAAGACGAUGCCGCAGGGCCGUUGGUCGACAUAGAGUCAGGCUUGAAGCUGUGUGCUUUGCCGUCGCUAGAAUGGAUGCUUGACAACGAAGGGCAAGAACAAUACCCGUAUGACAAAACGUUUGGAGAGGCCAAAUGGGAUGAAAUCGUCAUCAUCCAUACAUCAGGCACUACUGACAGUCCCUGCGUCAUGAUGCCUCGAGACGAAGUUUCCCUGACUCCCAACCUGUUCAAGAAGAUCAUGUCGAUGAACAGAAUUGAAGGCAUUAGGAUGGUGCCUUUGGACGCAGGCUCGGACGAUCUCCACGAGCUCAUAUUGGAGCAGGUUGGAGACGGGCGUACCAAUCCUUUCCAAACAAGCUUCUGGAACACAGCACAUCGUUUCCUGGAGCGGAUCAAAACGAAGGAGCUCUACAGGCCCGUCAAGGACUCCGAUGGUCGCACGCGAUGGGCGUUUUCUGCCCGCAAAGACGACUUGACGAAACUGAGUUGGCUGGCAAAGUUCCAUGCGCAGGAUAUUGAAAGGCGUAUUCUGCAACAACCAGACGUACAGAAUGUGCUGGUAGGUGGGGAAGCCCGGCCUGCGCCGUAUGUUAUCGUUCAGGCAAAGGAAGGUGUGCUGGACGGAAAGAGCGAGGUGCAGCUGCUUGAUGAGCUUUACGAUGGAGUGGUUGCUGCCACCAAUAAGGCUGACCUGAAUGAGAUCAGAAUUCCUAGGGAAACUGUUAUGAUCGCGAAGAAAGAGAAGCCGCUCAAGGUCAGCUUGAAGCAGUUGGUCCAGAGGAAAGCUGUUGAGCAGGACUAUUCUGAGGAGAUUGAGCAGGCAUAUGUGCAGCUAGAGAACAGCAGGAAGCCUUAG